AUGGCAGGUUCCAAUACAUUACGGCCAUAUUAUGACCACGACACGUUUGAUGCAGGGUACUCAGUAAUUUUUAAGCCCGGCGUAGGGUUAAUUGAUACCGAAACAAAUAAACCGAUAACAUCGUCAUUGGCAUCCUCCAUUGCUAAACAGUCGUCACAAAGAAAUUUUAAACCGGGACAAAAUAUAGGAUUGUCAGGAUUGUCAAGCAAGAAAUCAAUAGGUGAUAUAGGAAUUGGGAAAACCACAACAUCGAAUGGCACGGAUAAAAAUUACAUUUAUGAUUUAGAGUUCCAGGAAUACUUUGACUUUAAUAAUUUGUCUGAAUUACUUAAGAACUUGGUUUGGAAUUUUUGUAAGAAUUACUUCAAGGUAUUGUUAUCACAGCCUUUGGAGAUCGUUCGUUUGCUUUUACAAGUGGGUACAUUUGACUUUAGUGAUAGUCCGCCUAAGAGACGUUCACACUACUCCAGAUUGUUGAAUAAACUGAACGUCAAAAGUUCGAAUACACCACAGGUGACCGAUAUAUCUGAUGAAUCUGAAGGUGAAGUGAACUAUUUUGAGUCACCAAGCCCCUCAAUGAACUUGCCGAAGGAGAAAUUAAGAACAAAAUCACCUACUAAAAUUCGUAAACUGCGUUCUGACAGAAAAGCCAAGAAUAAGAACAAGAUUCAGCCUGUUUCUCUUCACACGAUAGACAUUAUGUCGUCCAUAAUAGCAAAGGAUGGACCUUUUGCUCUUUUCCGAGGUAUUAAUGCAUCAUUUAUACACCAAACAUUGUCUCAUACCAUAGAAGCGUGGAUUACUGGGUUUAUUUCGCCCUUCUUAGGAAUCCCAGACCCAUUCUUCUUGGAUUUAACACACCUGACCGAACCUUUGAAAUCAUUAUGGUUAUCAGUACUGGCAUGUGUGUUGACGGGAUUGAUUUUGAUGCCACUAGAUUUGAUUAAAGUGAGAUUAAUGAUCACUCAGUUCAACAAGCCCGUGAGCAACGAAGAAAGCGGAGUUUCGUCUACUGAUUCCCUGGUUACAAAUAUCAAGGAAGAAAAAAUACCUGAAAUAAGUACUCGUUCUAUCCGUGACUCGAUAUGCAACUUCCCUAUUCAUUUCCUUGUCCAUCCGCCACCUACGAUAUCCUGCUUAACAAUAUUGCACCAAUUUUCAACCAGCAUCUUCCGAAAGGCUGCUCCAUACAUUUUGUUUAUCAGGUUUAAUAUUGACUCGUACCUGUCACCAAACUUGUACACCUUUGUGAACCUCUUCCUGUUGAUAUUGGAAUUCUUCAUAAAGUUGCCCGUGGAAAACUUAUUGAGAAAGGAACAAGUAAGAUUUUUAUUGAGACCUAAGUCAGUGGUGGAAGAUGAAAAGAAAGUCAUUAGUAUCGAGAGCGAAGAGGACGAUUUGAUUAUCGACUUUAAUAAUGGCUGGAAGGAUGACAUUGACAACGAAGUAGAGGAUUCUGAUGGAGAGCUUAAACCUCUCAGAUCAAUUAGCUUAUGGCAAAGAAUUAAGAUAUUGGGCUUGUUCAAUGGUUGGAGAGUCGGUGUCCUAAAUGUAAUUGGUUUCUGGGGCUAUAAUAUUUUAAAGAAAAAUGGCGCCGAAUUGAAAGAAGAGCGAUUAUGA